AGGAGUAACAUUGAACAACCUUCAGCUGUUCGUCAGGCGUUACGCAUGUGUUUUUAGGCUUUAGUAUUAGGUUUAAGGGUUAGUUCACCCAAAAAAGAAAAUUCUGCUCACCCUCAUGUCGAUCCAAACCUGUAUGAGUUUCUCUCUUCUGCUGAACACAAGAGAUGAUCUUUUAAAGAAUGUUGGUAAUCAAACAGUUGAUGGACUUCCAUAGUAGAAAAAACAAUUCUAUUGAACUAUAUGGAGGAUAGGAACAACAAGAGGUAAACGCAGUAAGAAUGGAAUCCCAUCGGCACGGCUCUGGACCUGUCAUGCAGUUCACAAGCGGUGUUACUGAAGUGUCAAGACCUGUCCAGACCUUUCAUCUUCGGGACAUCUACAACCCCAAACCACUUCCUCAAAGGACCCCGGUGGCAAUACGGCCACCCAGCCCAAAACCAGGUCCUCCUCGGGAGCCCGUCGUCCGGCGUAGGCCGUCCUGUGAGCCGGAGCCAAAGCCCAUCAUGAGGAGACGGGCGAAAUCUCUCUCCUCGUCCACAGACGAGCAUUCCUGCAGGAACGUGCAGGUCCGCUUCGUAGAUUCCUUAGGGUUGGACCUGGAAAAUGUGAAGUUCUUCAAGGCCGGUGAGGACCCGCUGGUGCCGGUCCACGUCAUCACCAGACUGCUGGCAAGUUCUGAGCUGGCCUCCAGGAAGAAGCUGGAGCUCUCCCUACCCUACUUCCAGCCGUCCUUCCCUGACAAUAUGGGUGCCGAGGCUGGAUUCCUCAAGCGCUUGUGCCGGCAGAGAGUUUGCCUGGAGCAGGUGUUUUGCUCUGAGCUGGGAAUUAUAGGAACCGUGCAAGUGCUGAACGUGGCCUAUGAGAAAGAGGUUACGGUGCGCUACUCGUUCACAGACUGGAAGAGCAGCGCGGAGAGUAAAGCGAGCUGGACCUGCACCGUCCGCAGACACGGGCCUGAUCCAGAGUCGGACGUGUUUCGUUUUCACCUGCCUGUCCCACCUUUCAUCAUGCAACCAGGUGCCAUGCUACAGUUUGCCAUCUGCUUCCGGGUCAGAGGAUUUGAGUACUGGGACAAUAACGGUGGAUGUGAUUAUAAACUGACCUGCCAGACGUACAAACUGACCGUCCCCAGAGAGUGUGAAGACAGCCUGCUGCAUUUCAUCUGACUCUCCUCUGGAGCUGCACUGUGAUAUAGACUUACACACACACACACACACACACACACACAAUGCAAGGUUCAUCUGAUAGAGCCACAGUUUUGCACAAGCGUUUUAAAAUGGAAGUUAUCAUUAAAAUGGCUCUAAUUUCAGGACUGACUUCCACCCAGGAACAAUUAGCUUGCAAUACCUGAUCGGUUCAGUAUUACUAUUGCAGGAGGAGACUUUUGUCUUUAAUUGUCUGUUCAAAAAUAGAACAAACGUCAUGCACAUUAUUUCAGUUCCUUUAGAGCUCAGAGCUCGUCUGCUGACAUAUACUGCACGUUAUAGUGCUGUUGAAAUCACUGAAGGGUUAGUUCACUUUCACAUGAACAUUAGCCCAAGCUUUAGAUGGCCUGACAGUGAGUAAAACUUGGGCUGAUUUUCAUUUGAAAGUGAACCCUUUAACGUCUUUUGGAGAAGUCUUGUUGUCUCUAAAUAUGUGAUUGAUUGUCUUGCAUCAGUUUUACAUGCUGAACAUUUAUUUGGAUUAUUUUGUAACACUUUACAAUAAGUUUUUCAUUUGUUAACAUUAGUUAGUUAACAUGAACUAACAAUGAGCAGUACAGCAUAUAUUAAUCUUAGUUAAUUUCAACAUUUACUAAUACAUUUUUAAAAUCAAAAGUAUCUGUUAACAAUAAAAAUAUUGUUCAUUGUUAGUUCAUGUUAGUUAAUGCAUUCAUGUUAAAAAAUUAGACCUUAUUGUAAAGUGUUACUAAUUAUUCAGUGAGGUUUAGUACAUUUUUCCUAGUUAACAUCUUUUCCUGGUGUGAUAUGUGGAAUUAGACAUUAAUGCACAAGCUGACUUAGCAACUUAUUGUAUUAUGCACUUAUUCAGUUCCGAUGUAUCGCAUGUUACUCAUUUCACCCCAGCAAAACAGAGUUAUUUAUGCUCUUAAAUUGAUUAAAUUUUGUAUAUUUAGAGGAUAAAUUUGAGUGAUCAUUGUUAUUCCCUUGCUUUGCCUCUCUUGUUGACAGAGAUUUCUCCAGGCAGUCAAUGGCAUCUGAGGAAGGCAGACAAUGUGCUUCUGACUCUACAGCUGUAAGAACACAUGAUAGACAUGUGAGGUCAGUUCUAAAAAUAUCCAUCGUCUUUAAACCAGUAACAAAACUACUAUAAGCACACCUUCACCUUUGACACACAGCCUGACAGCUGAGUGUAUAUCUGAAAUUCUCUGUUUGAUGAAGAUUAUUCAGCCUGGUUGUGUUUCUACUGCAACAUAACUUGAGUAAACAAAAGAACUCAGAUCAUUACCGCUAUAUCGAGAGCUAUUGUCCUGUUUUAUGAUUAAAUGUUGUAAUGUUUUUUAUUUGUUAUUUGUUAUUCUUUAUUUUUUAUUUUCUUUCUUUCUGUAAUUGAAUAACAAUAAUUGUGAACGGGGUUGUUGAUAUUCUCUGAUUUUCAGCAGUACAGUGAGCGAACACUAGAUGGAGCUGAUGUAAGCCGAAUUCUUCCACAUAAGAUUGGGAAGAUUGGGAAGGCUGAUGUCCACAAUUUCAAAUAUUCUCUGUAAAAAUGAACAAUUUGGAUAAGGUUUUAUAUAUUGUAAAAAAAAAAAUUUUUAGUUUAGCUUAAUUUAUUUUUUUUAUCUGAAUUUUAGUGUUGGACAAUGUGCAAUAUUACAUAUUCAUAGGCACUACUAAUUAUGUGUAACUGUAUCUGUAUGUCUGCUGAUGUGUGUGAAAUAAACUAAAUGGAUCCUU